AAAGGCGAAUGUUAGGAACAUAGCAUGAUCACCAGGGGCAGGCCCACUCGCUGCUUUUCUUGCUGCGAAAGCGUGUCAAGAUAGUCAGACAAGUUUGGUGCGAACUUUCAAGAUUUUUAAAGAGAGAGAGAGAGAGAGAGAGAGGCAGAGAUACCAAGAAAAGCAAAGCCAACUCGCAGAUGGGAAGGUUCUGUUGAAUGAAAAAUAUCCGGGGACAGGUUUCAGCUGGGAAUUGCAGAGUUUGGAGUGUAGUGAUCUUGUGGACUUGUUUCUCUGCUCAGGUACUACAUGGGAGAUUUGAAGGAGACAGAAACAGUGACACCUUAUAAAUUUGGCUGACAUUAAUCCUCGGGAUCAGUUUCAACCACAGAGAUACUUGUAUUGAAGGGACAGAUUCAUGUCUUUAAUUAGGUCCGCAGAGUUAUCCGCUACUCCCUAUGCAAGUUCGGAAAUGUUAGGCUCCAAAAAGCACCAGAUGAUGUAUGUUUCCGAAUCCUACAGUGGAGAGGAUUAUGACCCUAAGUAUUUCAUCGACUCUCCAUCUGAAGAUACGAUUAACCCAUCCAGCUAUGGUGUUUCAAGAAAUUUAUAUCACACCCGGGGAUCCUCCAUUAAUACUGAAAACCCAUUUAGCACUUCGGAAUCAGAACUCAUGGAUGGUCAAAGUCUGGAUUGUGUAGAAUGCGAUGAAGAUAAAAUGAGGUUGAAGCUUCAAGAGCUUGAAAGGGCACUGCUCGAUGAUGGUGGUGAUGAAGAGGAGGAUGACAUGUAUGUUGAUGGUCAAUGGGUUGACCAAGUUCAGAUCACUUCACAUGACUCCCCCAAAGCAUCCUCGUCGUCUGAUUCCAACCUCAGCAGCAUUAGCACCAACAGAGAAGUAUCACAGCCGCCAUCACGCACCCCGAAACAGUUGCUUUUUGAUUGUGCUACUGCAAUUUCUGAAGGAAACGUCAGAGAAGCGUCCAUUAUCAUAGAUAAGGUGCGACAGAUUGUUUCCAUUCAAGGGGACCCACCUCAGAGAAUCGCGGCCUACAUGGUGGAAGGGCUCGCUGCUCGGAUGGGUGCUUCUGGAAAAUUUCUUUACAAAGCCUUAAAAUGCAAAGAGCCCCCAUCUUCUGACCGGCUUGCAGCUAUGCAAAUUUUGUUUGAAGUUUGUCCGUGUUUUAGAUUUGGGUUCAUGGCAGCAAAUGGAGCGAUUAUAGAAGCAUUUAAGGGUGAAAAAAGGGUUCAUAUAGUUGACUUUGACAUAAACCAAGGGAGUCAAUACAUCACUCUCAUACAGACACUUGCAACUCUACCAGGUCAACCGCCUCACCUGAGGUUGACAGGGGUGGAUGAUCCGGAGUCGGUCCAGCGCCCUGUUGGGGGCUUGAAACAUAUUGGCCAAAGGCUUGUAAAAUUGGCAGAAGCCCUUAACGUACCAUUUAAGUUCAGAGCAGUAGCUUCAAGGACGCCUCUCGUCACCCCGGCCAUGCUAGACCCACAACCCAGAGAAGCACUAGUUGUGAACUUUGCUUUUCAGCUCCACCACAUGCCCGAUGAGAGUGUUUCCACUAUCAAUGAGCGGGACCAGCUUCUCCGCAUGGUUAAGAGCUUAAAUCCAAAGCUCAUAACUGUUGUUGAGCAAAAUAUGAACACAAACACUGCUCCCUUCUUAGCGAGAUUCGGGGAGGCCUAUAGUUACUACUCUGCAGUCUUUGAUUCUCUUGAUGCCACUUUGCCUAGGGAGAGCCAGGACAGGAUAAAUGUGGAACGCCAGUGUUUAGCGCGUGAUAUUAUUAACAUCGUGGCAUGCGAGGGCGAGGAGAGGAUAGAGAGAUAUGAAGUUGCAGGGAAGUGGAGAGCGAGAAUGAUGAUGGCUGGAUUUACUUCAUGUCCAAUGAGCGAAAGCGUCACGGAAUCUAUCAUCAACCUCAUUAGGCAGUAUUCCGAGAGGUAUAAGAUAAAAGAUGAUAUGGGUGCACUUCAUUUUGGAUGGGAAGAUAAGAGCUUGAUCGUUGCUUCAGCAUGGAGGUGAAAUAAUCUUUAUUCAUCUAACUACUGAUAGAUUAGGAACCCAAGUGGCUGGAUGAUAAAUAUUUAUGCUUACGUGUAAUGUAACUUUCCACUUCUUUGUUUCGGGAUCCGAUGCACCUGAUACGUGAAUUUAUUUGAUUAAAUCUGUCUUGUAAUACGUUUUCUGACUAAAACUUGAAAGGCGAUUUAGUAUGCGAAGCUCCUUAUUUCGGCA